ACCAUUACCACAGCAACCCACUAAAAUAAGCAGUCAAUGAAGGGGAAGGGUCAAACGGGCAGAAAGAAAGAAAAAAAAAAAACCUGGAGAAAGAAUGAACACCAUGGCCAGACUUUAACUUCACCUAGUGGUUUCAGUUUUCUUUAAAAAAAUCUUCUUAAGGAUUAUGUUUUAGGUGUUUUUGAUUGUAAGGGGGUCUGGAUAAUGGUGUCAGCAUGGUUGCCUUAGUUCUACUACCUUUCAGCCCGUAACAGUGAAGAAGGCACAAGCUACCUGUCCCGAAUGCCUCCCACCCAAAACCAUGGGCACUGUGCUGUCCAGAGCUGAUAAAUGGCGAUUAGUCUCCUUUACUGGGCUCCGCCGCUCCAGGCCUGGAGAACACAGCACCCCCUGCAGCGAGAUGAACGGUAUAGCCAAGCUGUCUCUUCACUCAGGACCGCAGACUAACACUGAAGAGGAGUUGUUAGUUCCGGCUCUUCCAGAGAAGACUGAUAUAGAGAGGGGUUAUGUGACUCCUCAGCAAGUGUACAACCUGCUAAAUGCUGAAGCUGGUGAGCCAGCACUUCACGACCCAUACUAUAUCCUCAUACUGGACUGCCGCCCUGCCGACAGGUAUAAGCAAAGUCACCUGGUGACAGCACGAGCAAGUGUGACGGUAAUUCACCCAGAACUAGGCUGUCUGAUAAGCUGCGUCCAGCUACAGGAGUUCUCCAUCAUUUUGCUUUACGCAGAAGAAGGACACAGUCCAGUGGGUAGUCAGGAAGCCCGUGCAGACAGCCCCACUCUACAGCACUGUUUCUUCCAGUUGAGUGCUCUUGGGAUGGACCCUGUCAUCUUACUUGGUGGAUUUUCGGCCUUCCACUCCCUCUAUCCCUUCCUGUGCACGCCACGCAUGGUACUUCUGGAGUCUGAGCGCCGCCUGCUCACCAUCUACCCCUCUGAGAUCCUGGAGGGGGCGCUGUACCAGGGCUCGGCUUCCCAGGCUCAUGAUUACCGCAUAAUCAAAAACCUGCACAUCACACAUGUGGUCAACGCCACAGUCGAAAUCACUGAUGCCUUUCCAAACGUCCUGCGCUAUUUGAGACUGCGGCUCAGUGACGAUGCCCAGCAAGACCUUUGGCAGGCACUCCCAGAAGCCUCCCGGUUCAUAGCAGCGGCCCUUAGGGGGUCUCCAGGAUCACCCGGUGGCCACGUCCUAGUACACUGCAGCUUGGGCCGCAGCCGUAGCUCGGUGUUGACACUGGGUUUCUUAAUGGAACACCGCCACUGGUCCCUGCUUCAUGCCUUCCGCUGGCUCAAAGAGAGACGCACUUGCGCCGCACCCAAUGUAGGGUUCCUCCGACAGCUCUUGGACUAUGAGGAGCAGCUGUUUGGGCAGCGUCUCACCUCACUAGAAGAUAUCCGGCUCUGA